AUGGCCUCUUGGCCGUGGCCGAGGAUAGCCAAUCCUUAUUGUAAGGAGGUCAAGGCGGAAUCAGAGGAGUGGCUGAAGAGCUUUCAAGCUUUCACUCCGCAGUCCCAAAUUGUUUUCGAUAGGGGAGACUUUUCCAUACCAGGCCUUUUCUCCGCGCUGCUGUAUUCAAGCUGCAUGAAGGAACAUUUGCGCCUCGGCUGUGACUUGACGCAUAUAUUCUUCGUCAUCGAUGAGUACACCGACAUUGAAAACGAACCCGGAUGUCGAGAGAUGAUAGACAUGGCAAUUGAUGCUCUUGAGAAUCCGAGGAAGUCUCGCCCGGAAGGAGAGAUCCCACUGGGGGAGAUCAUCAGGCACCUAUCCUUGGAGCUCGACUUGAGCGUUCCCGACGAGAUCUUCUAUCAUCCCGUCAUUGUCGAGUUAUCAACGUGUAUUACUGACCUGACACUAGUCGAUAACUACCACGCUCGGGUCGAGUCCAAGUUCAUCGAGGGGUUGAAGAAUUUGCCAUCAUGGGGCGCCGAAGUCGACACACAAGUGACCGAGUACCUUACCAGGUCGCCAAUUGGCCCCGUGCCAAUUACUGUUGGAGUUUCGAGUCUCAUUGCUACUUCGGCGAUAAGGGUCUGGAGGUGCAAAGAACUCGACGGGUGGCACUUCUGCCAAAGAUUCAGCGUGACCUCAGCCACCGCAGGGAACAAGUCGUCGUGCCGCUGGUCGAGUGAAGCGAGAGAAUAUGACCGAGGUGAACGUUCCCAAAUGCACACGACGAAAGCGAAGAAAACGAAUUGCCCAAUGGAAGAGGUGCAAAGUUCGAAAGCGAAGAACGGAGACCUGAAACCUCUAGUCGUAACCGUCGUUGAAGUCCGCGUUCAAGUCCAGACUGGGCAUGUCUCCUAAAUGCAGUUCGUGCUCCGGGCGUAAGUGCAGACUACCUGGCGAGCCGGUCACAAUAGAGAAGUUGGCAGUGGUGGGAGAUAUAUUCCCUGCGGAUGGUAUGGAAUGCUUGUGUUUGUGCUCGUGUUGAGCACCGCCUAGCUUUGCGAGAACAAGUGUUGGAGAUGAGGGAGAGGGCGCGCGACUCGAGAACGCAAUCGAAUGGUCCCCUGCAUCGGCCUCCUCGUGCAUGAGGAUCGACAUAUUACUAGGUGGACCAGGGAACAAGGAGGAAGUCGUGCUCAUGCGCUUGCGACGUUUGUCGGCAAAUAGCUCCGCGUCCCCGGGUGUUUCAGGUGAGGAGAUGGCCCGCUCGGGAGAUGAGAACUCUGGUGAAGCGUCAAUGUCAGGACGUAGGCAGGAGUUUAGUCGUGACUG